AGAGAGAGAGAGUGAAAGCAAAAGACUAAAAGAGAGACCCCAACAGUUCAAGGCCGUGUUUUCGAGUGCGUUUCCUUGGAAUCCAAGAAUUUAUUUUGAGCAAAAUAAAUGGAAACUGAAAAUCAAAAAGCAGAAUUCCUAAAUUCAAUUUAAUGUAGGACCGUGGAAGUCGUACAAUACUAAAUAUAUAUCAUGAUUUUUUUUUUUUUUUUGAAACCAAAUAUAUAUCAUGAUUAUCACUGGAAACUGAAACUUCAGAGCAAAGCCUAAAACCUGAAGACUCUCCAAUGGCGGCUGACUCUGAAGAACGCAACCGAAGAGGCAAACGCAAAAGGGAUCAGACUCGCCCUAAACUCCUUUCUGGGGAGAAAGUUGAGGUGAGGUCUUUGGAAGAAGGGUUCCUGGGUUCAUGGCACUCGGGUGAGGUGGUUCGCUGUGAGAAAUCGUUUCGUCAUGUGCAAUAUGAUCACAUUCUAUGUGAUGAUGAAUCUGCCAGUUUGAUUGAAUUUGUGGGUGUCAGUCCCUUGAUUGAUGGUGUCAAAUCUGCUCAACGGGAGCCAAAUAACAGUCGUGGUGUGAUAAGGCCUUUGCCACCUUCGCUUGGUUUCACAAAAUCUAGUCUUCGGUAUGGACAAUGUGUGGAUUCUUUUGUUGAGGAUGCGUGGUGGGAAGGUGUGAUUUUUGACCACGAAGAUGGUUCUGAGGAGCGGAAGAUUUUCUUUCCUGAUCAGGGUGAUGAUAUGAUGGUCUGUGUUGGCAACUUGCGGAUCACUCAAGACUGGGAUGAGCUUACUGAAGAAUGGAAGCCUCGAGGUAACUGGCUUUUUCUUGAAGUAAUCGAUGAAGUCAAGCAAGAGUGGCCCCUUUUUGUCUCAGUAAAGCAAAUUUGGUAUGAAGUGCGGGAGAAGAAUGGAAAAAACAACCUAAAGGAGUGGACAUUUUCUGUUACAGAUUAUUGGAGGAAAUUGGCAUCCCAAGUAAUACUUGACAAUUUAAAGUUCAGUGUCGAUCAAUUCUUAGGAUUAUUGAACUCCUCAGAACGCUUUGUACAGGAAGGACCGCUGUUGGAAUUUUCUGAAUCUGUUCUCAACGCUGUGCUGAAACCAAAAACAUAUAUAAAUGGUUUGCUUGCCCUUGCACCCUUUACCAAAUCUUCUAGCAAAGUAGAAGACGGUGGAGUGCUGCCUAACAAUCUAAACGUUUCCUGUCAUCAUAUUGUUGAAAACGAAGUGGUUCCAGAGGGUCUUGUGCGUAGCAUAGGAGAGGUUGAGGUCGGUUUUAGUAGUAAGAAUUUGGAUACACAACUCAUCCUGAGCCACGAUGAAACACAAUCCUUGCCACUUCACACGCUUCCAUGUUCAUCUCAUAGUGAAAUUGGAGCACCUGGGAGUUUGUUGGAUGAUUAUGGAGAAACAAUUCCUUGUACGAAUUCCAAGGUGCCGAGUGAGAAGCUCAAAUCUUCUAGGAGAAAAAAUGUGGAGUGGCUUCCCUUGGCUCUUGAAGCAGAGUUUUGCCCCGAUGCAAUUAUUCAGUUCCAAAGAAAGUUCAUGCUGGGCCGUAAAAACUUACAUGUAAAAGUAAGGAAACAUCUUUUAUAUUUGGGCUGGAAAAUCGAGUGCGUAAAGGAUUGUGAAAUGACUAGGUUACGAUAUUUUUCACCUUCUGGGAAGUUAUAUAUGUCGCUUUCUAAACUGUGUAAUGAGUUUGACACCACAUCAGAAUCUCUUUCUGUGAUUCCCAUGACAAGAAGGCAGGAUGUCUCUCCCGAUAGUUCACUUGAUAUUACAUCGGGCAGCUCAGCUGAUGGGUUCACCUCAUGCCUUCCUUUGGUCAGACAGCAAGAAUGCAGAAAGAAGUCCAUGUUGCCUUCUUUAGAAGUCAUCAUUGAUCCCAAAUACUGCCCUCAAGCAGUGAGUGAUUAUGUAUUGUGUCAAAAAGAAAAUACCCUUCACUCUAAAAAGGGAAUAACACGGCUCGCUUAUGAAGCUAAGAAGCAUCUAGUUUUUAGUGGAUGGAAAGUCUUUAAUUAUUUGGGGCGAGGCAAGAAACAAUUUUGUUAUGUGUCUCCUAGCCGAAGAGUAUUUUAUUCACUUCUAACAGCUUGCAAAUGGUAUUUUGAAGAGAGUGCGUCCUGUCCUGAUACUCCUGGAAAUUUGGCAACGGGGACAUCUCCUGGUAUGUCACCGUCAAAGGAGAAGGAGACCAGUAAAUCGAGAACGAAGAGAAAGCUUUCCUUCCAUGAAUCUAGGGGUUUGUUUAACGAAGGAGAUGUUGCAGAUACUAAAUCUUCAUCCCGUGUGCUAAGAUCAAGUAAAAGAGCUAGGCAGGUUUCUUCCUCUCAUCGGACACCUCGUACCAUUUUAUCUUGGUUGAUCGACAAUAAUGUGGUUCUUCCGGAGACAACUGUGCAAUAUUGUGGAAGGAAAGAUGGCCCCCCAUUGAAGGAGGGGAAAAUAACUCGGGAUGGAAUCAAAUGCAACUGCUGCCAGAACGUUUAUAGCCUUAGCAACUUCGAAAUUCAUGCAGGAAGCACUAAUCACCGGCCUUCAGCAAAUAUCUUUUUGGAAGAUGGAAGAUCAUUACUAAAGUGCCAGUUGGAGAUGAAACACAAAAGUAGUGUGAAAAACUCAAAGACAGAACCACGUAUGGUGCAAGGGAGUCAACAUCUUAACCGGAAUGACCAUAUAUGCUCUAUCUGUCAAGAUGGUGGUGAUUUAAUUUUAUGCGAUCGGUGCCCAUCCUCAUUUCAUACUAGUUGCCUUGGUAUGAAGGUUAUUCCAGAUGGCGACUGGUUCUGCCCGUCAUGCUGUUGUGGAAUCUGUGGCCAGAGUGGGUUCGAUAAAAGCAAUGACCAAUUCACAGAUAAUAACAUUCUCUGCUGUAAUCAGUGCGGGCAUCAAUAUCAUUAUCGGUGCAUUGGAGAUGAGAGUUCAGAGCCAGACAAUUAUCCUAAAGGAAAUUGGUUUUGCAAUACAAGAUGUGAACGGAUUUUUUUGGGACUUCAUCAGCUGUUGGGAAAACCAAUUCCAGUGGGCACUGAUAAGCUAACUUGGACAUUGCUGAAAUACACAAAUCCAAAUGAUUCUUAUUACGGUGCCCCUGAUGAUGAGUCUAUGACGGAGAAUUAUGGCAAACUUAGCGUUGCUCUUAGCGUGAUGCAUGAGUGUUUUGAGCCCGUCAAAGAAUCUCGAACCCGGAGGGAUCUCAUGGAAGACAUUAUCUUUAGUAGAUGGUGAGAUUUAAUGUAUUUGAGAAAUCUCCAUUUCCACAUCUUCUUGCUUUGAGUUCUGAAUUCAUCUGU